AUGCUGUCUGAUCUCCCCCCUGAGCUGUUACUGCUCAUCGCGGACCACCUAGCCAGCUAUAAAAAUACCCUCCGCCUUGCCUCUUGCUGUCGCCAACUCCACGCUCUACUAGGCCCACGCGCUUAUACAACACUCACCUUCGAUAACUUUAUUGUUGGGCACUUGAGCUGUCUAGUAUCCACACUAGCACGGAGCCCCCAGUAUGCCAGGGCAGUCCGUAUUCUACAAUUCAAAGGCCUUGUUCGACCUGACCCAUACCACAAAGUCCGCUACGACCGCGACGCCAUCCAACCAACCGUGAAGAAAGCCGCAUUGUGUCAAAAAGAGUUCACACAGUGGGAGCACGAUCUUGAGAAUGGAAAAGACAGCGACCCAUGGCUCACAGCUCUCUUGCUCCUCCUCCCGAACCUGGAGCAGCUAGAAAUGACCUGGGAAUACCCGGUCAACUACAUGACCAACAUUAUACACAGAGUCACACAAGAUCCGCAUAACACUACACUUUCCCGGUUGAAAGAGGUUUCAUUCUUUUCCGGCGAUAUAGGAUGUGUGCUUCCAUCUUACUACGUACGCCGGUUCCUCCACCUGCCCUCCCUGCGCAGGUUUACAGUUGAUCAGCUUUGGGACGGGUGUAGCUCCGACAGAGACCUCGAUGAUAGAGAUCUACAUAAUAAAGGGCCAAAUCCCGGGGGUUUCUCAAACGUAACACACCUACACCUCCACCGCAGCUACAGCAGAACGGGCCUCCUAGCUCUCACUAGGGCACCGAAACGCCUGGAAUCAUUUUUGUACGACAAUUCUGCGGAGAAUAACUCCUUGGAACCACUAAACUCCGCAACGCUCUAUAGUGCCUUGCGAAAGUACAGGGAUAGUCUACAGCAUAUAACGGUCUCUGCAGACCCCUGGACCCCCAGCUCUGACACUGGGUUCGGUGGGUCAUUCAUUGACUUCACUACAUUGAAGAAGCUCCGUCUUCGCGCCCUGGUUAUCCUAGAUUGGAGGGGCUUCAAGGGAGCCGGCGCAAGGAAUAAACUACCCGAUGUUCUUCCCGCGUCGUUGGAGUCGUUGGCUAUUGACGCGUUCCAUGAGUGUGAUUGCGCGUACUUGGCUACAUCUCUAGAGGCAUUCAUCCGCGACGUCAAAUCCCACGCCCCGAAUCUGGCCACUCUGGAGAUAGAGGGACAAAUACACGAGAAGUUUUGGUUAAGAAACGGGUGGAGAAAUGCUCAGCCCCGGCCUGUGCCGAGAAUAGAGACCAAGUAUCUGGAGAUGACGCGGUGUUUGGCGGUCCUGUGUCGUGAGGCGAGCAUCCAGUUUCGACUUCGGGAUCGUCUGGCUGAGGAAAUCAUUAAGCGAAGGUUUGGCGUAUGA